AUGUCCACAAAGAACUUCGUGGCGUUCUUCCCCAUCUAUUGCUUAAUAUCUGAUUCCGUCCGUUUAUCUAUCUAUCUAUCUAUCUAUCUAUCUAUCUAUCUAUCUAUCUAUCUAUCUAUUCAUCUAUCUAUCUAUCUAUCUCUAUGGAAGUGUAAAAUCGGCAGGCCGUCCGCGUUCCUCUCUGCUUAUCUUCCUAUAUUCGUAUCUAUCUACUAUUUCUGUCUGAAUGCGUCUAUUUUUACUUAUCUGUCUUUGCCCAUAUCAAUCAAUCUAUUUCCUUAUUUGGUGGCUGAAUUAAUUUUACAUUUCUCUGUGAUGCCAAUGUCUUCCCUGUCAGCAGAGCCGAUUGAAUUUCCUACAGAGGGCAUUUUUCUUUCUUUCUUUCUUUCUUUGGCCGCCCCUUUUUUUCCCAUCUGCGUCAUAUUUUUUUUAUCAAUUUAUCUACUUUGCAUUGAUUGCCAUUGUUUUUCCUUAUCAUUGAUACUCAUUGUUUAUGAAGUUUUCCAUAACCUCGUUGAUUAUUAUUUCUCUUUUGAACUAAUCGGUAUUAGGCAAGUCUAUCUAUCUAUCUAUCUAUCUAUCUAUCUAUCUAUCUAUCUAUCUAUCUCUCUCUCUCUCUCUCUAUAUAUAUAUAUAUAUAUAUAUAUAUAUAUAUAUAUGCAUUUGUUCAUAAAUCUAUAUCUAUCUAUCUAUCUAUCUAUCUAUCUAUCUAUCUAUCUAUCUAUCUAUCUAUCUAUCUACGAGUCUGUUUGCUUGUAUCUGUCUAUUCAUCUAUCUAGUUAG